UGUAGCCAUAGAGGGGACAAAAUACAGUGUGUUUCUUUAAAAGAACAAAUGUACCAAGGUACUCUGUACCUUGAACUCACCUAAACCAACGCAAGUUAAGUGGCACAUACAGUGUACCUGUCAGGAAGCCGGCUUGCACGUGAUCACAUCUAUUUUUAUUUUUUCUACAACAGACGAUAAUUUCAGGCUAUUCGGUCUUUUGAUCUGGAAAUAUGUUUGCACACCUCCCCCACAGUCUCCUUUCAUCUCUCUUACUUGCAACAAUCAUCUACCUGUCGGGUCAUGGGUGCUACGGAGGGAAGAUACUGGUGGUUCCGCUGGAAGGAAGCCACUGGGUGAACAUGGAUAUUCUGAUAAGGGAUCUACACGACCGUGGACAUUCCAUCACUGUGAUACGGACAACUAAGAGCUGGUACAUCAAAGAGAACUCGACCUACUUCGACUCAAUCACGGUAUCUGUCACUGAAGGCUUUGAUGAGGAAUUUGUAAAGCCAAUCCUGCAAAAACUGUUUGACAUAGAGAGAGGUAAAAGCUCAGCCUUGAAUUUCUUUGGUCUGCAAAUGGAAGCUAUGUAUUUCAUCCCCAAAUCUGUUGACCAUGUGUGUUUAAUGGCAACCGCCAUGUUCGAGGACAAAACCCUGAUGCAGAACCUGAAUGAGAGUCAGUUUGAUCUGGUGCUCACAGACCCUGCCUGGGGCGCUGGUAUCAUGCUGGCUCACCACCUUAAGCUACCCUUAGUCUAUAACGUCAGAUGGAUCACCACAGGGGAAGGACAUCUUACGUUAGCACCUUCACCGUUAUCCUACAUACCACUGACAGGAUCAGGGCUCUCAGACAAGAUGACCUUCUCAGAGAGGGUUAAAAACAUGCUAUUCUAUUUGCUGUUGAUGGCACAGAACAACAUCAUUCUUAGGCCACGGUACCAAGCUGUGUGUGAUAAGUACUUGACACCAAAGGUGGAUUUCUUUGAGCUGCAGCAGUCAGCUGAUAUUUGGCUGAUGAGAGUUGAUUUUGUGUUUGAGUUCCCACGCCCCACUAUGCCCAAUGUUGUUUACAUGGGUGGGUUCCAGUGUAAGCCAGCAAAGCCACUUCCUCCGGACCUGGAGGACUUUGUGCAGAGCUCUGGAGAACAUGGAGUUAUCAUCAUGUCUUUAGGGACAUUUGUCAGUGAAAUUCCGAGUGACAUUACCGAAGAUAUAGCAACUGCUUUUGCUGAGCUGCCCCAGAAAGUUAUUUGGAGGUACACUGGAGAGAGACCAUCAACCCUGGGCAACAACACCCUACUAGUAGAGUGGAUGCCCCAAAAAGACCUACUUGGUCACCCUAAAAUCAGAGCCUUUGUGGCUCAUGGAGGAACAAAUGGGGUUCAAGAGGCCUUGUAUUAUGGCGUUCCAGUUGUGGGCAUACCUCUAUUUUUUGACCAAUAUGACAACCUGUUGCGACUGAAAGAGAGAGGAGGAGCGAAGAUGCUAACCAUUGCCACCAUAAAUAAAGACACGUUCCUCCAAGCUUUGCAGGAGGUGCUCCAUGAGCCGUCCUACAGGGAGAACAUGCAGAGGCUCUCCAGGCUGCACAGGGACCAGCCAAUGCAGCCCCUGGACCGGGCCAUGUUCUGGAUUGAGUUUGUUAUGAGACACAAAGGUGCUGCUCACCUGCGCACAGAGUCCUACAAGAUGCCCUGGUACUCCUACCACUCUGUGGAUGUGGUGGUACUCUUACUGGCUGUGGUUAUCUCUGUUGUUGUGAUUUCCUUUGUUGUAAUCAGAUAUACAUGCUGUAAACUGUUAGGAAUGAAGAAAAUGAAACAUGAAUGAUUUCCUAGCUGAGCCCUGGAAUGAGAUAUGGUACAUAUUUACUUGAUGUUUACAGGUGCUUAUUGAAUAAACGGAUUCAACCAUAAAUAAUGUUGUUUGUGAUUCGGAGAAGUACUGUACUAUAUCAUGAAACUGUUUCCAUUUAAUACUGCAAAUAUCAGUUCCCUUUGUACUGAUGAUGCAGCUGAAUACAUUUGUUGUUUCUCUGCAACAAAAAAUACUGAACAUGAGC